UGAGAGGCUCAAGAGGGCUUUUCAUCCCUGGGAGCAGCGCCCGCGGGGAAGAGGCAGGAGCAGGAAGGAGGGGCGAGGCUGACAGGGCAGGAGCCGGGCGAGGUGCUGGUUCGAACUGGAAAGGAACCGGUCCUAGCCCAGUCGGGGAGGCAGCAGGAGAGGCGGCAGCGCUCGGGGAGAGCACACCGGCCCCGGGCCGAGCAGCCGCCGCACGCCAUGGGCACGGAGCCUGGGGAUGGGUCUGUGAAGAUGCCAGAAGGGGAAAAAACAAGGCAAUGGAAGCAAGAAGAGGAACAGCAGGAGGGUCUGAUCGAGUUCUACAGUUCCUACCAGGAGCUCUUCCAGUUUUUCUGCAGCAACACAACCAUCCACGGUGCCAUCCGCCUGGUGUGUUCCAAAAAGAAUAAGAUGAAGACAGCCUUCUGGUCCGUCCUUUUCUUUCUCACCUUCGGCUUAAUGUACUGGCAGUUUGGAAUCCUCUACAGAGAGUACUUCAGCUACCCUGUCAAUCUCAACCUCAACCUCAACUCCGACAGGCUGACUUUCCCAGCUGUGACUCUCUGCACCCUCAAUCCAUACAGGUACAGUGCCAUCCGGAAGAAGCUGGAUGAGCUGGACCAAAUCACCCAUCAGACGCUGCUAGACCUUUAUGACUACAACAUGUCUCUGUCACGAAGCGACUGGUCCGAGCCAGCCGCGCAGAAGCGCAGCUCCAGGAGCCUGCUCCGUCAAGUGCAGCGCCACCCCCUGCGGAGGCAGAAGAGGGAUAACUUGGUCAACAUGCCAGAGAACAGCCCCUCGGUGGACAAGAAUGACUGGAAAAUUGGCUUUGUUCUGUGUAGUGAAAACAACAAGGACUGCUUCCACCAGGCAUACUCCUCAGGGGUGGAUGCUGUGCGGGAGUGGUAUAGCUUCCACUACAUCAAUAUCCUGGCACAGAUGCCUGAUGCCAAAGCCCUGGAUGAGUCUGACUUUGAGAAUUUCAUCUAUUCCUGCCGCUUCAAUGAAGCAACCUGUGAUAAGGCGAAUUACACCCACUUCCACCACCCCUUGUACGGGAAUUGCUAUACAUUUAAUGACAACAGCAGCAGCCUGUGGACAUCUUCACUGCCGGGCAUCAAUAAUGGGCUGUCUCUGGUGGUGCGCACUGAACAGAACGAUUUCAUCCCUCUGCUGUCCACGGUGACAGGAGCCAGGGUCAUGGUCCAUGAUCAGAACGAGCCAGCAUUCAUGGAUGAUGGGGGCUUCAACGUGCGCCCGGGCAUUGAGACCUCCAUUAGCAUGAGAAAGGAGAUGACCAUGCGCCUGGGGGGCAGCUACAGCGACUGCACCGAGGAUGGCAGCGAUGUGCCAGUGCAAAACCUCUACUCCUCCCGCUACACAGAGCAGGUCUGCAUUCGUUCCUGCUUUCAGCUCAACAUGGUAGAGCGCUGUGGUUGUGCUUAUUACUUCUACCCCUUACCUGCUGGAGCAAAGUACUGCGACUACACAAAGCACGUAGCCUGGGGCUACUGCUAUUACAAACUCCUGGCUGAAUUCAAAGCUGACGUGCUGCGCUGUUUCCACAAGUGCAGGAAGCCUUGCAAAAUGACACAAUACCAGCUAUCAGCUGGGUACUCUCGCUGGCCUUCUGCUGUCUCAGAGGACUGGGUGUUUUAUGUGCUUUCAAAACAGAACAAGUACAACAUCACAUCCAAGAGGAAUGGAGUUGCCAAGGUGAAUAUCUUUUUUGAGGAGUGGAAUUACAAGACCAAUGGGGAGUCUCCAGCCUUCACGGUAGUGACUUUGCUAUCCCAGUUUGGGAACCAGUGGAGCCUGUGGUUUGGAUCUUCUGUGCUGUCUGUGAUGGAGCUGGCAGAACUGAUUCUGGAUUUCAUCGUCAUCACCUUCAUCUUGGCCUUGCGCUGGAUCCGUUCCCGGCAGCAGCUCUCUACACUGGGACCCCCGCAGGCCGGUCACGGUAACGCCGCUUGCCGCUCCGAGGCGCCACCUCCCGGUGCCCCUCACCGCUUCACUGUCGAGGCUGUGGUGACCAUGCUGCCCUCCUACAACAGCCUGGAACCACGUGGGCUGAGCAGGGAUGGUGGGGUAGAACACGAGUGAGGGAGGCACUGGGCUAUUCCACAGCAAGAGCAGAGGCUGCGCUUCCCCUGGGGGACAUGCAUUUUCUUCUUUCUGGGGUGUUCUACCUGGACCAUAGCAAAAGGCUGCACUGUGGUUUGCUGGUGUUUAUUGCUUUCACUACUCUAGGUGAAUCCUUUGGUCUCAGAAAAUGCUGUUGCUUUGGGGAUCAUCAGGGAUGAGCUAUAGAAUCAGAAUAAUUAUGGUUGGAAAAAACCUUGAAGAUCAUUGAACCCAACCAUUGCCUAACUUUACCAAGUCUGGUGCUGAUCUAGUGUAUAGAUGAGAGAUACCCACUUGGUUCCUCAUACUCCUUGCAUGGGCAUACCCACAUAUGCCUUUUUUUUCCCCUGCAACAAGGAUGCUACCACAGUUCUGGUCUCACCUUAAUUAAGGAGGUUUGGCAGGUGGGUCAUGGAGGAGGAGUGUUUUAGAUGCCUAAAAGAACUUGUAGAAGUGUGAUAUAGAGUUCAGUGGCAAAGUUCACUAUUGCUGACUGCAUGGAGGAAUGAGACAAGGAAAACACAAAGUUAGAAUUGAUUUGGAAUGAUUUACAUGGGGAGUGGAGUUGUGGAAAGGUAAAGAAGACCCUCCCCUUGAGUCAUGAGGUUCAUCAUGGACUCCCCUUGCUUUCUGAACUCCUUAUGAGAGAGGAGUUCAGGUGUGGCUGGAUUCACUCCUAGACCCAGGUGUGCUUAUGUCUAGAAGAGUGCAUGUUUAGGGCUAAGGGAUGUGUUUAUGGCCAAAGGUCCCCAUGUGUUCAUCCUUUAGAUCACCAAGAUUUCAUAGUUUCAGCAUUUUUAUUCCAAAUUCCCUCACCUACUGUCCAGGGGCAGUGAGCUCCUCAGUUCCAGUCCUGGGUUUCCCAGGCAGAGUGCCACAGCAGCAGGGUCACCUCACACAGGGAACCUCUGGGAAGGGUUCCCAGCUGAAUAUAGAAAUCCCUGGGCAAUGAUACCCUGGCCCUUCACCUGCCCCUCACAUGACACCUGGCUUCAAUAAUAAUAUUUGAGACUGGGGUCUUCUUGUUCCUUAUUGAGUCUGAGAUUCUCCUCCUCCUCUGCAC